UCUCUCUCUCUGUGUUGUUGAUUUUACAAUUGUGGAAAUACAAAGAACAUCAGAUCUGCAUUAUCUUUUCUAGGUUUUACUCAAUGGCUCCUACGCCCUCCUCCAAAUCUAACCCAGGCCAACACACUCACCCAAAAACACCCCAAUCGAAGCACCGCCUCCACUUCAAUGCGGCGAAAAUCGCUCACCCAUCUCCAAAUCCAAACGCUGUGACCAAAGAAACCCCGCCGCCGGAGCACCCCGUCGAAGUGAUAGGCCGAAUUCGCGACUACCCGGACCGAAAGGAGAAACCCUUAUCGGUAUUGCAGGCAAAUCUGGAUCGUCACUCUCUUCGGCUUCGAACAGAUAUAGGGUACCGGGACUUCAGUCUAGAUGGCGUAUCUUUAUCCGAAGAGGAAGAUCUUGAUGGGUUUUACAAGAAAUUUGUGGAAUCGAGGAUCAAUGGGGUUAAAUUGGGGGAAAAAUGUACCAUCAUGAUGUACGGUCCGACCGGGUCUGGGAAGAGUCACACCAUGUUUGGGUGCUCCAAGCAGCCUGGGAUUGUUUAUAGAUCUUUGAAAGAUAUUUUGGGAGAAGGGGGCGAAGAGAAUGAUGCGAAUGGUACGAAUGUUGGCCUCCGGAUGUUUGUUCAGGUCACCGUGCUUGAGAUUUAUAAUGAGGAGAUUUAUGACCUUCUGUCCGGCAAUAAUGGUGGGGGAUUUGGUCUUGGGUGGUCAAAGGGCUGUGCUUCUAAGGUAAAACUAGAAGUGAUGGGGAAGAAGGCCAAGAAUGCAACCUUUAUUUCUGGAAAUGAAGCAGGGAAGAUAUCAAAAGAGAUACAGAAGGUCGAGAAACGCAGGAUUGUUAAAAGCACACUCUGUAAUGAGAGAAGCUCUCGAAGCCACUGCAUGAUAAUUCUUGAUGUGCCAAUGGUUGGAGGACGGCUGAUGCUUGUGGACAUGGCAGGUUCUGAAAAUAUUGAGCAAGCUGGUCAGGCAGGAUUUGAAGCAAAAAUGCAGACAGGGAAAAUCAACCAAGGAAAUAUCGCCCUCAAGAGAGUGGUUGAGUCAAUUGCAAAUGGUGAUUCUCAUGUUCCCUUCAGAGAUAGCAAGUUAACCAUGCUUUUGCAGGAUUCUUUUGAGGAUGACAAGUCAAAAAUUUUGAUGAUACUGUGUGCAAGUCCCGACCCUAAGGAGAUGCAUAAGACAAUCUCCACUCUUGAAUAUGGAGCAAAGGCAAAAUGUAUUGUUCGUGGCCAUCAUACACCAACAAAGGAUAAAAUCAGCUUAGAAGAUUCAUCAGCAAUUGUUUUAGGUUCAAGGAUUGCGGCCAUGGACCAGUUCAUUUUUAAGCUUCAGACAGAGAACAAGCUUAGAGAGAAGCAGUGCAAUGAAGCCCAUAAAGAGCUCUUGAAGAAAGAAGAGGAAGUUGCACAACUGAGAGCUAAAAUUGAGCAUAUGGGAGGGAAGGGAUCAGGGGCAAAUGAAGAAGAGAUCAACUUGAAGGUGAAUGAGCGAACCCAGUUUCUUAAAUCUGAGUUGGAAAAGAAAUUGCAGGAGUGUCAGAAAAUGGCAAAUGAGUUUGUCGAAUUAAGUAGAAGGAGAAUGGAGGAAAAGAUAUUUCAACAACAAAAGGAAGUUGAAAUGCUGAGGCGACGCUUGGAGGAAAUAGAGUCUGAGCUUUCCCGUUCUAGGGGCAGCAGUGGGGAGGGGAAAGGGGCAAAGGAUGUGGAUGGAAGCAGCUUUGCCAAAAGGUUGCAAGAAAUCUAUGCUGAUGAGGACCCAGGGAUGGUGAAAUCCAUGGAUUUGGACAUGGGUGAUCAAGAAAUAUUUGUUCGUGAUACAAAUUAUAUAAAUAGUGGUGUUUGUCAAACUAGCAAUAUGGGCAACCAAGGAUCUCCAAGCUAUUCUCAAUUGAUUUCAUUGAAACAGGAGGAAGAUCAUGAAAUUUUUGCACAAAGAUAUACCAACAGAGGAGGUUUGAGCACAGUUUUUGAGGAAGAAGAAAUAGAAGAGGAGGAAUACACAGAUAACGCUGUGGAUGAAGAAGUGAAGAAAGAAGUGAUUAAAGAAAAGACUGUGGAUAAUGCUGGAAUGGUUCAAGCUAGUCCUGGAAUCAAUUUCAAUAUGGGUCCUUCUGCUUCUCCAAAGAAUUUUUCUGUCACACCAAAAUUUCCAAGCAGAAGUUCAGAGGAGAAAGGUUUGGAAUUGGCAGGUGAAAAUCCCAAAGAUGCUGCCUCUUCAAGGCGAAUGAGAAUCCAAAACAUAUUCACACUUUGCGGGAACUAUAGAGAGCUUUCUCAACAUAUCACAACCCCUGUGCUUACCAAAAAGGGCUCUGAAACUCAUGAUUUCCGGUCAUCCCCAGUAAGAACCGUUGAGGAGGAUUCUGCUGUAAAAGUGCUUUUCAAAGAAAAUUCGCCUCAUAAAAGUAUUCCUGUGGAGCCACUUGCAUCAAUUAAACCAGAAAAUGGGCAGAAGUUGACGGAACCCCAGGUAAAAGCAAAUAAGGUAGCUGACGAGAUAGCACUGGAUCUGAAGGAAAACUACAACCACCCAGUUGAUGAGAACGGCAGUGGCCUGAUUGAGGUGUAUGUGAAAUGGGAGGCAUCAAAAGAGAAUCCAGGGAAGCUCAUUACCACACUUAAGGUAGUAAAGGAUGCUAGCUUAUCUGAUUUGCGAAAGCUGAUUGAAAUAUACCUUGGUGCAGAUCAGCAAGCAUUUACUUUUCUUGUCCUUGGGGAUCCUACUGGAGCUCCAGUGCCCAGAGACAAGGAAGCAACAGUGCAGGCUAACAGACUCCCCAUUUGUCACAACCAGUUGAGUGGCCGCCUCGCUUGCUUGCGUCCAGUGAAGGGAAUUCAGCACCCAAAGCAUCUCCCACUAAGCUCACUGGAAAAUAAACUUCCCCUUACUCCAAAUUCCUGUUUCAAGCAGCAAGGUGACUGUUUGUCACCAAAAUUGGCACAAAACUUCAGUUCUACUCCUUAUAUAACUGUUAGUAGACAUUAGUUGUAAUGUCUCAACCUUUUUGUUUUUUGAAUGAAUUGUGUGCUUAGUGGGUCAUUAGUUACAUGUGAACAAUUUCUGUUGUUUUCUUUAUGGGAUGAAAGGAUGAAAGGAAG